AAAAUAUUAAUGUUAAUCUAGAGGCACAAGAAUUACAAGAACCACUUCAAAAUAAUAGUGUCAAAUCUUCAAUAUCUGCAACUAGUAUCGAAUCUUCAACAUUAACAAAUGCCACUAGAUAUCAAUAUAAAGCUCCAAAAGAUCUUUUUUUUAAACAAUCUAAUAAACACUCGUAUUUUCCAUCUGCUAAUAAUAAAGAUAAAUCUUCAGAAGAUGAAUAUCUUAAUCCUGUGAUUUCUAAAGAACCAUCAUAUUCUCUUUUAAAUGUGCCAAAUACAAAUUAUAUUAAUUCUCAUUUGUCUAGUAAAUCAAAAAAUGGUAUCUUUUUUCAAGACGAAACACAACUCCUUCAAUGGUUAGAAACACGUAAGGAUUUAGCAUUACAGGCAUUAAAUUUAAAUAAUAAUAAUAAUAUAUUAUCCAACAAGAAUUCUUUAAGUGAUACUGAUACACCUAAUUUGGCAAAGCUUCUUGCUGAACAAUCUCGCAUUUUAUUUUUUACUUACAAUGAUGAAAUUGCUAAAUUAGCAAGUCAAUUAAUUCGAAAAAAAGUAUGGGAAAAACCUCUUAAACGAUAUAUUGAUAUACUUGACUACAAUAGUUUUCAAGACAAUCAGAUGAAAGAAAGACCUAAUUAUACUUCAAUGGUUUUAAAUCGUAUUAAAGAAUUAGAUAAUAUUACAAUUAAUUUUACAUUUCCUGCUGCAAGUUAUUAUCAAUAUGUGAAUCAGCUAGAACUUAAAGAAGAAAAAGAAAAUUUAAAUUAA